AUGGAUUUUAUGAAUUUAGGAGUAACCUCUCGUAAGACGGGACUACGGGUCAAGAAUAAUGUUGCUAAGGAUGAAUAUAACAUGGAAAAUGUUGAAGAUUUCUUCAAAGAUGAUGAAGCCAGUAUGAUUACAGUUAGGAAAUCAAAAAGUAUGAAAACUUCUCUCUUAGCGCAUAAUCGAAAUUCAUUGAUUGAAGAAAGAUCAAAUAAUGAAACGUCCCGAUUCUCAACACCCCAUAUCUUCUCACCAGCAAUUAGUGAUACCAGAAGAUUAUCAUCUAUACCAAUAAAUAUAUCUCGAGAACAAUCACAAGACGAACAACCCCCAAAUAUCCUUCAGGAUAAUUUUAACAGUAAUAAUUUAAUAGCUGGUCACCGAAAUUCUCUACUAGAAUCAAUUCAUGAAGAACCAUUCGAUUAUGGCCAAGAAAAUACCUUUCAAACGAAUGAUACUCAGCCAAACUUAAGACAUUCAUUAACCCCAAGUGUAUCAUUACAUAGAUACAACACUACAUAUGAUUUAAAUUCCACAAGACGAACAUCUUUAAAUGUAAGAAUACCUCCCAAGGACUUCGUUAACCCCUACACUGAAAGCGAAGCACCAGAUCUGGUACAUGACGCAGAUUUAACUAUUGAUAAUACUUCUUUUAAUACGUCAGACAAUGCCAUUCUUGAAGAAGAAAUGUCCGAAUAUGGGAUAGAGAAAAGUGAUGCAGAUGAUGAUAUGGAUUAUAAUACAGAUAUACUAUCCUCUGAUGAAUCAUCAAGUGCAGAACAAGAUAUUGAUGAAGAUGAUAACAAUGGCCAAGAUAUCCUAAAUGAUCUAGACUCCACUCAAAUCGAUAAAACAUACAUACCGUCUGAUGAUGACGAUUACCAGGAUAACGAGUCAGUUUCACAGAACAACCAACUACCAACAGAUUUUUCCGAUUUAUCAUCUGACGAAGAUGAAGAAUACCUACCUUCGCAGGCAAAUAUUUCUAAUCCUAUUAUUGCUGAAGGCCCCAAGAGAUCUACGAGAAUAAAAGUUCCACCUUUGGAAUACUGGAGAAACGAAAAAGUUGUGUAUAAGAGGAGAGAUUCUAAACCAUAUUUAGAUAUUGAGAAGAUCGUAACGUAUGAACCAAGCAGCAGCUCUGAAGAUGAAGCUGGUGCAAAAACUCGUUCUAAACGGAUAAAAAAGGCGCCUCAGCUAAACAAUAGCAAUUUAUCUGUAAAUGAAUCUUUAACAAAUAUCGUUAGUACCAUCCCAAGACAGAAUGAGCCAUCAAGAAAUUUUAGAUCAAUAAACAACAGGAUAAUACGUGGACGAGCAAAUAAUGAAACCAGUAACCCAGAUUCGAAAUUACUUGACAGGAUACAUAAUGGCAAGGUUAAAGGUGCUAGCUGGAUACAGGAUGGGUUCUUAGAGGGCACAAUAAAUUCUGCGAUUGAUAAAAAAAGUAAAGAAGUCAUUGCGUAUGCGCCAAAUAUUUCUCAGGUAGAGAGAACAAAAAGAACUUCAGAUAAUAAGUAUACAUUAUCAGUAAUGUUUGAUAAACACAAAGAAAUGUUUGCAAGUGGCAUUUUAAAACUCCCCCCAACUGGUUUGCGUGACAUAACUGAAUCGCAUAAUGCUUUUAUAACAUUUUAUGUCAUCAGAGGAAUUGUAGAGGUAACGGUAGGUACUAAUAAAUUUAUCACUCCUGCUGGUUGUUCAUUUCAGGUCCCUUCCUUUAAUAGUUAUUCCUUUAAAAACAAAGGAAAAGAGGAAGUACAACUAUUUUUUGUCCAGGUAAUCGUACCAGAAACUUUCAAUUCACAGCAAGACCCUGCAAAUCAUUCUAACAAGGGAGAUGUUUCAGAUAAGGACGGAUUUUCAAUGUCGGAUGAUGAAUCAUCUAAAAUGGUAAACUUAAAGGAUAGACACAUUUCAGAUUCGCAGACAAAGAUACGUCCUUCUGCCAUUCAACAAAAAUUAUUCAUUAGUUCAAGUUCAUCUAACCUUUAG